ACCGUGACGUAGGGCUAGUCCAGAAAACGCGCGCACCGCUUCCUGGGGCAGGUUAUGCUCUCAUGCGGAGGUUCAGACUUUCAUGAGCUAAACUGGCAACAGUUUUCCAUAUGGUGAUGAACAGCAAUUACGCGCGCCUUUCUGGAAAAUGUCCCGCCAGACUGGAAUGUCGUUUGGAUUCAACAAUGGUUAACCCACUAAAUUAGCUGAGUAUUUACUUUCAACGAGUUCUUGUCAGCUUGUUUUGCGUUGCUAGAAGUUCGACCAUCGUUACAGCACAUCAGUGAAACAUGAUGAAGAAAGAGAUUGCAGCAGUGGUGUUUUUCCUGAAAAGACUGAUCAAGAAGGUGGAAAGGUUGGAUACCCAGAAAGUGGACUUGUUUGUGGAGCGGUUGACUGUUGUCCUGCAGGAGAAGUUCAGGGGGCAUUGGUAUCCUGACAACCCCAGCAAAGGACAGGCCUUCAGGUGUAUUCGGGUGAACAGGUUGCAGAGGGAGGAUCCAGAGCUGCUGCGGGCCUGCCAGGAGAGUGGGGUUCAGUACAAGGACCUUGGCCUGCCCAGAGAACUCACCCUGUGGGUGGAUCCAGGGGAGGUGUGCUGCAGAUAUGGAGAGAGAAACCUUGCUUUCACUGUUGCCAGUUUCUCUGGUGAUGACAAAGAGUAUGUGACCAGCGCUGUCGAGCGGGUGACCUCUGACUACCACUCCUGUUCCUCCUCAGACGAGGAUAGUGGCCUCAGGGAAACCCGUCCUCCCCCUACCUUCCCUCAAAAUCGCCAUAAAUACCAGGUGAUCUACCCAGCUACUCCUUUGUGGCGUCCUCCGGUGCCCAAGCAGAAGAUGUGGCCGGGUAAAGGAUAUAAUGGACCUCCACGUCCUCCUCACUAUGACUUCAGAACUCAAGGUAGACCCACCCAGCCCUUCAGACACAACGACUGGGCCCCACCUGGCCACAGAAGGUGGCACGGAUACUGGGGUGGCACUCCAGGCCUGGCUCACUGUUAGGGACCACCGUAGCAAGUGUUGCUGUUAGUGUUAGCCUGUUCCAGGUUCCCUGAGCUGUGAAAGGGUGUCCACUAGAGCAAGCAAUAUAGUUCUUGUUGGAGGAGAAUGAGAGGGCAAACAAAAAUUCACUAACAUGACUGACCACAUUUUUAAAAACUAUUUUAGUAGUUUAAUAGUCACUCUGGAAACUCUUGAAUUUGUUUAAUUAUUUUUGUGAUAAGAACAUUAACUCUUUGCACUUUAGAUAAUUUGUAAUCGUGUGAGUAAAGGAAUCUACAGUUGUAAUGGAGAAGGAAUAUUGGAAUUUGUAUUUUCAUGUAUUUUAUAGCUAUGAAGAUAUAUGUAUUUAUAUUUGAUGGAUAAUUGUAUGUUACCUACUGUACUGUCCAUCAGUUAUGGUCUGAGAAUUUAUUUAUUCAGUUUACUCAUGAAUUGUGCCAACCUCUUAAAUUAUGAGACAUUAAACAAAUGUUCAAAUCA